AUGGACGAUCGUCACCACUCUUCUCGCCUGAAGGCGAAACGACAACCGCUCGCUGAGCUUCCGAUUCACAUCAACAAACAACGCACAUCACAGGAUCAGAAAGUCCGGCACAAGGGUACAACCCAGAGUCAUCAGCAUGCACUUCCACACAACGAAUCGAUCAUCCCUAACGGAUCUCUCGCAGUUCGCAACAUUCAUUCCAGUUCCCCGAACUCAAAGCGAGUGAUGCAGCUCGCAGAGGAACAUCAGUCAAGCUCCAAACGCAACUCGGUCCUCUCUACGACCUCGACCACCGCCUCCGGGGGAAAACGGAAAGCAUAUAUUGGUCACUGGCAUCUGGGUCGUACUCUCGGCAAGGGAGGCUGCUCUCACGUUCGUGUUGUUCGUCAUCGCCAUACUGGUCAAGUGGGCGCCGUGAAAAUCAUCUCCAGACAAAUGGCAGAGAACACCAGAGCUCUCAGCUUAGCGAAUCUCGUGGAAAGCGUUCAUGGUCCUGCACCGAGAUCAUCCUCAGAUCCACAACCUAUCCCAUACGGUCUGGGACGGGAGAUCGUCGUCAUGAAACUUUUGGAGCAUCCGAACAUCGUUCGCCUCUACGAUGUAUGGGAAAAUCGGAAUGAAUUGUACGUAGUUGCUGCUCUCUCCCAUCGACCCUUGGUUCAUGUGCUGAUUUGCUCCAGAUAUCUCAUUAUGGAAUUGGUCAAGGGCAUGGAGCUCUUCACUCUGGUGGAUCGUUGCAAAGCGCUCGAUGAGUGUGAGACUGUGUUGAUCUUUCGUCAAAUCGUGUCGGCCUUGCUAUACUGUCAUCGACUGCUCGUAUGUCAUCGCGAUCUGAAGCCCGAAAAUAUCAUGAUCGAUGAAGAUUUCAACGUCAAGAUUAUUGACUUCGGCAUGGCUGGCCUUCAACCAGAAGGCCGACUCCUCAGCACGCCUUGCGGAAGCCCUCACUACGCAGCACCGGAGGUUGUGAGUCAGAAACCGUACGAUGGCACCAAGGCUGAUGUCUGGAGCUGUGGUGUCAUUCUCUAUGUCAUGCUCACUGGGACUACGCCGUUCAAUUACCACGGAAACGGCUCGAUCAAAGGUCUGUUUCGCGACAUUGCAAGGGCCAACUACUUCAUGCCCCCUGAACUGAGCUUCGAAGCCCGGGAUCUCAUUCGUCGCAUCUUCAAACCAGACCCAAUGAAGCGAAUCACGAUGGACGAGAUCUGGGAUCAUGAACUUUUGCACAAGUAUGACGGCGUGUUUGGCUUCGACGAAACCAAUGGCUCGAAGGAAAAGACCAUCGGCCCAAUUCCACAAAUCGAUGAGUGGAAGGUGAAGAGUGCAAAAGAUAUUGAUCGUGAGAUCUUGGGCAAUAUGCGUACUUUAUGGCACAGCGAACCCGAACAUGCUCUGCUCCAUAAAUUGCUCAAUGAUGAAUACAACCAGGAGAAGCUUUUCUACGCCGCGCUCAUCAAGCAUCGUGAAGAGCACCUGGAAAAUUUCGUCGGCGAGGGAGACAGCAUGGGUUACUCCACAAGCGACUAUCAUCACAGCCGACCAGCGCGCGCUCGUGGCCAGUCAGCUGCUCCUGGUGGUCCGGCUGCACGCAGUCAGUCUCAGUAUUCCAUUCUGAAUGAUGAGCAUCUUCGGCGAAGCCAUAGCUUUGCUGGCUCUCCUCCAUCUGUGAGCAGCUACGAUCCGUACCGAGCUUCCAAGAACCCCAUCGUCAAUGCCAAUGGCGAGUAUGUCAACAUUACUGUUCAUCGACACCAUUCCGGCAGCACAAACCGAACCAGUAUCGCUCGUGGUAGUCACCAGCACAACAUUCGACGUGUCGAACAACUGAGACAUAGCCAGAGAGCAUCCACGAGCUCAGCAGUGAGCUUGGCUCGCUCUGGUAGAAGCAGAUCAUCCAUGCCUAGGUCGUCAUUUUCUCGCAGUUCAAUGCAUAAUUGGCCUAGCAGCCCUCCCAUCGCAUCUAUGCGACCCUCGGAUGCCCACAAGCGUGGUGUGAGCUUCAAUCAUCUUCGUCGCGGUUCAGCGGUCGGCACUGCUAUCUCGACAAACUCUCGCAACAAUAACGCCCUGCUCACGCCCCAGCCAUCUUUGAGGGUCGUGAACCACACCGUAGCUUCAGAGCGUGGUACCGAGAACCUCAGAGAUAGCAGUCCGAUUGCUGUCGCCGACCAGGUCGUCAUUUCGCGAAAGAUGAAGGCCACAGUGUUGAUGACGCCUCGAGUCAAGCGAGCAAACGACGAUGAUCCAUCUGCAUACAUGAUGCAAAACGAGAUCCGUAAACACAGCGUUGAUCUGGAGAAAGCAUGUGAAGAGGCAUUCUUUCGCAGCUUAGUCGGCUCUGACUUGACGGCUCGUGCUUCGGUGCGUGAAGAUACCUCCAUGCUCGACACGCCUGCGACUUCUAUCGUAUCUCAAGGCACCCCUGACUUGUCUCUGAUCGAGGAUGCUCGGCCACAACACCCAACCGUUGCAGAAACACCGAAUACCUACCUGGCGAAGACCAUCGAAGAGACUCGUCGCAAAUUGGCGAUCUACAAAGCCAAUCCCGACGAGAGUACAGCCAAGUUUGACGAAGUGAUGAAGAUGCUUGAAAAUCUCCUUCCGGCGCCAGUACCAAAUCCCGAACGGCGUACAACGUCUGCUCCAGAAGCCAGACUUUUAGACAUCGGAAGUCCUUUGCCCAAGAUUUCCGAGGAGAUUGAUUUGCGUUCAAACAAAGAAGCGCCGAAUUGGCAGCGGGCGGUGACGAGCCCUCUUCCUGUCAAGCGCAAAGCAAGUUCGACAGUGAGAAUGGUGCCACCUUCCUCUCCAGAUAGCAUUGCGCCUUUGAGUAUCCGGAAGCGAGGUGAGAAGAGUGAACGAAGCGAUAGUCCUGUGACACCACUUGAGCGAAGCACAAAUCUGGCCCGCAUGAAUCAAUUGCAGAACAUUCACACUGCUCGUGGUUUGGAAUCAAUCGCGGAAGAUUCCGUCCUUGACACGCCGACAGUCGUUCGCAAGAAGCGAUCCGGCUGGUUCGGCUUGAACAAGAAGGAUGGUGAAUUCGAUGGUCGUUCGGCAACUUCUGGAGCCACUGCCAUAUCUUCCAAUGCACUCGGUGAGCGGGUCGAGCAAGACCAUUCGGCUGGUCGCAUCGACUUGACCGAGUUCAGUAACCUCCAGACUGGCCCUUCAUUCGCAACACAGUCUGAUGAGCUUCCCAUGCGGAAAAAGCGGCCUAGCAUUGCGAAGCGUGGUCUGGCAAAGUGGAUUGGCAGAAUCAGCCGGGACAAGGGCGAGGACUCUACCCUGACACAUGAAGGAGACACCACCGUCCAAACUAACCAGUCGCUCGCGUCAUUCUUCUCCGCAUCGUCCAGUCUGGAUGCUCCACAGAACUCCGGACCUGUGCGUUCAUGGUUUGCGCGGUUCUUCCGCAUCAAGCCUGUGGUCGAUGUCCUUUGCUUCAACAUCCCUCGCUCACGCGUGCGUCAAGAGAUGGUCAUCCUCUUGAAGGAAUGGCAGCGUCACGGCGUCCGCGAUCUACAAUACUCACGCGAGACCAACGCCAUCACUGCACGCGUCGACCGUCACAACGCACUCGAGAUCAAACCCGUCACGUUGCGCAUCGAACUGUUCGUGGUGCUGGAACAUGGUCAGAAGGUGGGUCUAUCGAUCGCCCGCUUCACGCAGCUCAAAGGCGCGGCCAGUGGGUUCCGCCGUGUGCUCGAGGUCGUGGACGGAGUCAUGCGUGGACGCGGCUGGCUGAUCCAGGAUGAGGAGAAGUGGAAGGCGCUCAGCGAGAUUGUUCGCGCAAUGUCAUCCAUAUCGUUUCCACACGUGAUGAGUGUAAUACACGUACCAACCGCGACUAAUAACACCACCAUUGGCCUCUCUCCCACUUCUUUCUCCUCUUGGCCAUUACCCACACUCUCUUCCUCUCACAAAUCCACCGGGCCCGGAGAAACGAGAGACCGCGAGACUUCCAACCAAUUGAGAUCUGGAUCUCCACUGGAGGGUGCCCAUCUGCUUUACCGCCCGCCCCCAGAAAUUACCGCCGAAACCCUGGCUAAAUUCGAAAUCCAGCAGCAGCAGCAGCAGCAGUCACAACCACAAUCAGCGGCUGCCGGUCAACCUAUACAUACCCAACAUACAACAGGCAUCAACUCAACCAACACUGCUACUGACACCCAUUCAUCCUCAUCCUCCUCUUCUAAUAAUUCAUCUACCAAUCCCGCUGCUGCCGCCGCUGCUGUCAUCACCACUUUGUCCGCCGCUCAAAAGCUCACGACCCCGCAGGCCAUCCUCUGGGACCCCAAAUUCACCUCCAAAGAACCGCCCGCGAUUGUCAUCCGACCUACACACGUCGGCACCCUUACCAUCGACGCCCGCACAGACAGUAACAUUUCAGUGACUAGCCUCGGCGGAGGUAAUCGAGUGGAGAUCAUGGAGAAGAGACAUCCUGCGAGCUUCCAACAGCUGGAGAAGCUGGGAGAGGGUACCUAUGCGACGGUGUUCAAAGGACGCAAUGGUCAGACUGGCCAAUUCGUCGCGCUCAAAGAAAUCCACCUCGAUAGCGAAGAAGGCACUCCCAGCACUGCCAUCCGCGAAAUCUCCCUGAUGAAAGAGCUGAAGCACGAGAACAUUGUCAGCCUCUACGAUGUUAUCCACACAGAGAACAAGUUGAUGCUCGUGUUUGAGUACAUGGACAAAGACCUCAAAAAGUACAUGGACAGCUUUCAGAACCCCAUCCCGAACGCCCCUCGCGGCUCCCUCGAUCCCGUCACCAUCAAGAGCUUCAUGUGGCAACUCCUCCGGGGCAUCGCGUUCUGCCAUGACAACCGCGUCCUCCACCGCGACCUCAAACCUCAAAACCUGCUCAUCAACAACCAGGGCCAGCUCAAACUCGGCGACUUCGGUCUCGCCCGUGCCUUUGGCAUCCCGGUCAACACCUUCAGCAACGAAGUCGUCACCUUGUGGUACCGCGCCCCAGACGUCCUCCUCGGCAGUCGAACGUACAACACCAGCAUCGACAUCUGGAGCGCCGGCUGCAUCAUGGCCGAGAUGUACACCGGCCGACCGCUGUUCCCAGGCACCACCAACGAAGACGAGCUGAUGAAAAUCUUCCGCUUCAUGGGCACACCCUCGGAGCGCAGCUGGCCCGGCAUCAGCAACUUCCCCGAGUACAAGACCACAUGGCCUGUCUUCGCCACCCAGGACCUACGCAAUGUCCUCCCUCAGGUCGACGCCCUCGGCCUGCAGCUCAUCAACCAGCUCCUGCAGCUGCGACCUGAGAUGCGAUGUACCGCACAACAGGCCCUCGCACAUCCCUGGUUCGCCGAUCUCAAUGCCCGAUCACAUAUGACCGGUCCCGGGGGCUUCUCGCAGCCGGCGACGAUGGGAAUGGGACAGCAGAGAGCAUAUGCGUGA